UUUUCAAAUCUAUUAUUACUACUACUACAAAAUGAAUCCCUCAAGAACUGACGCAAAGAAAGACCAAUUCAUGGGUAACGUAAAGGAAGGUACCGGAAACAUGUUGGGCAACGAACGUAUGCAGUCUGAAGGCCAAACUCAACAAGGUGCAGGCAACGUUCAAGAAACUGCUGCCAAUGUCACUGGUUAUGUUAAGGGCGCCAUGGAUCAAGCUGCUGGUGCUAUGAAGGGUGCUUUUAACUCUCUUACUGGUAAUACUACUGGCGAAGCUGGUAACAAGGUCCAACAGAAGAAGGGUGAAGCACAAAAGGACUGGAACUCUUAAAUUUGUAAAUAUGUGUGCUACUUUUUUUUUUAAAGUAAAUAAAUCCACAUACAUAAAUAUGUAUAAUUUGUAUUAAAAACAUGUUCCCUUAUGACCCCCUUUUUCAAAAUGAGAGAGAACAAAAGAUGGUAUCAUUAUGGUGUUAUUAACAUAUGAGGACAUAAUAUCUAUUUUGUUUAUAUAUAGAAUGCCAAGCUCCCCUUCAAAAAAGUAGCUCUGAAUGCUUUCAAAGUCUAAUUUACAGAUGAAACCAUUAUGCAUCCCGCCCAUCAAAUAUAAGCAAAGACGGACCUUCCCUUAUACACACACUGCUCCGUAUGGAAAAUCCCUACCUUUCAAAUUACUAUGUAAUGAGAUGACGAUCACAAACCCAUGCACCUUUUAAUAAAUCCUAAACUUCAUAUGGAAGAACAGUCCUCC